UGUCUAUCUUGUCUAGUGUCUACUGUUUAUUACAAACAAAAUUUAUAGGCGAAAGAAAAGAUUUCAGUCUUCUAGGUUUCUUGGAAUUUUGGAUUAAUUUCAAUAUAUUACGUAUUGCAAUGUCUUCGAUAGAUUUUGACCCAUCCAUAAAAUUGUGUUUGAAAUAUUUACAUUCAAGCGCCUCUGACUCAACGGAACAACUACGUUUAACUCUUGACGAUAUGAUCAGACAGACUUACGGGAACUCGAAGACUCUGGGCAAUGUUUUACCAAAGAAAUACUUGAAUGAGGAGAAGAUGGAGUCACCCUCGCGGUCAAAGCACAAGAACGAGAAAAGUUCGAGUACCGCAAAGACAGUUGCUAUUCCGCAGCAAAGUCCGCAACAAAUACAAAUUCCUGAGAGGGAGAAUGACGAUGGGUCUGUUAUGGAUGGGGAACUAGAAUUCGAUUUCUUACAGGAGGACUUGACGUGUGUUGUGUGCAGGCAAAUAGCUGUGCAGGCAGGAAACCGUUUGGUUGAAUGUGAUGCUUGCCAUUCCCUGUACCACCAGGAUUGUCACAAACCUGUUAUAAGUGAUAAUGACAUGGCUUCUGGUUGGCAAUGUGCAUCAUGUCUCACAUCACAGGGGUUUGCUCAGAGCUACUCCAGUAAAUCGCCAGCAUCUAAGUCGCCCACUCAACUGUCUGGAUCUACAACUCCUGUUAAAAUAUCUUCAAGCAGUUCUGCAUCUUCUUCGCCUUCAAAAGUUGCGACCCCAAACAUCAACAUAAUAUCAGCAGAUAAAAGAAUACAGAAUAUGAAAAAGAAGGCAGCGAAACAACAUGAGAAAAAGAAAAGCAAAUAAUAUUCCUAUUAUGUAUCUUUGAAUAUUAUAAUUUAUAAUGUUGCCAAUUCUGUCAAACAAAAAUCUUUAAAUCAUAUAAAGAGUCAAUACUACUUUCAGACCUGUUAGCCAAAAUAUAUUACAAAUCCCUAACAGCUGUUUGUUUAUCCUAAAAUUACCUAAAAAGAAUCACACACGAUAGGUAUGUCUGAUUCUCUUACCAUAUGACUUUGAUAUCUUGUUGAUCUCUUUUUUAACCGGUUAAACAACAAUUAACACAAAUCAAUAUUCCAGAGGCAAUUUGUAUUUUUGUUCAGUUAUAAAUUUGUUUUUAAUAGUUUAUAUCUUGGAAACUUGAUAAAUAUGGUGGUACAUAUUAUCCCUUUAAUUUGGUUUUCAGAUUAUGUUACAACAGAAUCUGCACUACUUUACUAUAAUUGUCUUAUAAGCUCAAAAAUUUAAGUUUUAAUAUAUAAAUUAUCUAUAA